AUUGCUGUCCUUCGUCUUUUUGCAAAAAGAACCUUUUGAAAAAUUUUUAGAAGAUGCUCUUUUAGUCCAACCCCCCUCCCUUCCUCGUCUCCGGCGAAUCACCUCUCCUGUGACGCUAGCCGAAUCCCCAACCCCACGCCAUAGAUCUGGAGCCCUAGUCGCCAGCCCUGGACAUGGAUCGAGUUGCUGGAGGAGGAGGAAGACGGAGUCGGCGAGGCAGCCGUGGAUUCGGGAGGUCAGGGCCGAGCGCUCCGGUCGAGGGAUGGACCUCGGCCACUGGCAGUGGGAUGCCAACACCCGCCCAGGAUCGAGACUUCGACGGCGGAGAGCAAGGUAGGCGGGGUGGCCGUGGCUCUGAGAGGCCUACCUCGGUGGAGCCGUCCUCGGGCGGAGCUGCGGCGGGACGGGCCUCGGCCGCCGGGAGGCAAAGCCAACGCGGCGGUACGAUGGUGUGGCGGCCUAGGCGUCCCCAAUCUCCCGCGCAAUCCGGAUCUGCGGAGGGUGACGCUGAUGCGGCGGUCAGCGCUACCUCGCCGGCGGUGCCGGCCGCGCUGGACAACGAGGACAUCCUCGGGGAAAUACUUCUCCGCCUCCCGCCGGGCCCGUCAUCGGUCCCGCGCGCCGGCGCCGUCUGCAAGCGCUGGCGCCGCCUCGUCGCUGACCCCGGCUUCCUCCACCGCUUCCGUGAACAUCACCGGAAGGCCCCCCUGCUCGGCGUCCUCUCCCACAACAGAGGCAAGAUUGGCUUCACUCCCGUGCUGGAUCCGCCGGAACGCAUCCCCGCCGCUGGCCGCUUCUCCUUGCGGCUUCCAAGGGGCAGCAGGGUCUACGGCUGCCGCCACGGCCGCGUCCUUGUGGUCACCGGCAAGCCAUUCAGUUUCCUCGUGUGGGACCCAGUCACUGGCGACCAGUGCCCUGUGCCCUUGCCCUCGGCGUCCGGUGGCAACAAGUAUAUGAUAGAUGGGACAGUCAUUUGUGCCAGCGGUGACCAGGGCCAUGUCCACGGCGCUUGCCACUCUAGCCCCUUCCAGGUGAUCUUCCUUGGCCGCUGUGGGGAUGAAAUUAUCGUCUGGGUUUACUCAUCGGAGACAGGGACAUGGGGAGAUGCCAUCUCAAUAAUGUGGCUGAGCCCAUUUGACCCGGAUGAUUUUGCUUGUUGCAAUACCCUGGUCGGAAAUUCCAUCUACUGGCUGUUCAAUGAAAGCAGUAUGACCAUACUUGAGUUUGAUUUGGAUACGCAACGCCUAGCUACACUAGAGGUACCACCGGAAGUGAUUGAUCUUGACACUUCUGUCCGUGACGAGUGCCAAUUCUUGUUAAUGCCGACAGAAGAUGGUGAGCUUGGCUUCCUCAUUCUAGAAGGUUUCAAUGCCCGAAUAUGGAAGAGGAAGGCCAAGUCCGAUGGUGAUACUGGAUGGGUACUCAGAAAUACUAUUAAACUGCACCUUCCAUUGAAGCGAUGGGCACAUGGGUAUCCUUCAGAGAUAAUAGGAUUUGCUGAAGACUGUAAUGUGGUGUUUAUAGCAACUGGUGGUGGUGUUGUUUUCAUGGUCCAUCUUGAGUCUGCGCAGUUUAAGAAACUUCCCCAAAAACUGGGCUACCGCACAUGCUAUCCAUUCACAAGUUUCUGCGCAGCAGGGCUGGCUCUAGUGUGCUCCUCGGUGCCACCGGCCAUGAGCGAGGAGGAUCUGUUGACUCACAUAGAGGUCAUCAAGGAUCAGGAGUUGAAUCUGAUGGUUGAGGAUCGUUAAGUGGAUAGGUGGGAUCCGAUGAUCCUUGAAGCUAGUAUGCCACUCGUGCCAUCUAUGCUUGAUAGGGUCGUGGUUUGUGAAGCCUUCUUGUGUUGGUUGCCAAGAGCAAGAGUGUCUUUGGUUUUGCUCCCUCCAUUAUGCAUUUGCCUAUGGAAAUUGGCUCUCCUCUUCGUCUAGUUAACGAAACCUAAUGAAACACUUAACCUUGCACAAUGUGUUGUUGAUAGGGUCGUGGUUUGUGAAGCCUUCUUGUGUUGGUUGCCAAGAGCAAUAGUGUCUUUGGUUUUGCUCCCUCCAUUAUGCAUUUGCCUAUGGAAAUUGGCUCUCCUCUUCGUCUAGUUAACGAAACCUAAUGAAACACUUAACCUUGCACAAUGUGUUGUUGCCGUAACAAAGUAACUGUUAUGGUAGGGAUGGCACUAGAUGUAAUUAAUCUGAUGCUUGAAAGCUCAGAUAGUGUCUUGUAUGUUGAAUGCUAAAAUUGUUCUUUUAUUUGUAGGAAAGAAACUUCAAAUAGUUAUGAGUGGCACCAUUUUUAAGUUGUCCAUGGUGUUUGUAUCAAUAUAUGUAGCUGGAUGUUUGUAAACUAUUUCGCUCAAGGGGUGAUUGCUAUUUUCUAUACAACAAUGGCAUCAUAUUUUUUGAGCCUGUGCAACAAUGGCAUCGUAUUUUGAUGGAUGAGGAUGCUUAGGUAUUUCCAAAGUGGUUGUUGGUUAUUUCCUUCUGUAGUGGUCAUUGUUUGUCAUCGGGGUGAGAUUACUGUAACUUGAUGCUUUGAUUUAUUUCACUGGAUGCAUAGUUGUGUGCA